CACACAGCCCUCAGAGGACGAAGGCAUAUCAGAUAUAUCAGAUCAACGCCCUUAUUCUCGGGACACGGCAUUUCCAUCAAUGUUGGUCCCUCUGAUGAACGGCUCUGAUAUAGCACACGUGUGACACUUAACAUGAUCCUCUUCCAAUGAAAUUCUCCAUGAAAGAGUCGCUGUGGCUCCUAAAACCCAUCACCCUCUUCGCCAUCACAUUCACCACCGCUUCUCUCCUCACACUCUUCUUCUCCUCCCAACAACCACAACAACAACCACAACAAAAUCCAUCUCCUCAAAUGUCCAUAGCCAGCAGCAGCAGCAGGGGCAGGAGCUUCGUCCUGUGGCUUCAUGGGCUGGGCGACUCAGGCCCAGCAAAUGAGCCCAUCAAGACCUUCUUCUCUUCACCUGAGUUCAAGAACACCACCUGGGCCUUCCCUUCUGCGCCUUCCAAUCCUGUCUCCUGCAACUAUGGCGCCAUAAUGCCUUCUUGGUUUGACAUUUAUGAGAUGCCUGUGACUGCCGAAUCUCCCAAAGAUGAGAAAGGAGUCCUUAGAGCAGUUCAAAACGUGCAUGCCAUGAUAGACAAGGAGGUAGCUGCUGGCACAAGUCCUGAAAACAUAUUCGUUUGUGGAUUUAGCCAAGGGGGCGCCUUGACCUUAGCAAGCGUGUUGCUGUAUCCAAGAACUCUUGGUGGAGGUGCAGUCUUUAGCGGAUGGGUUCCUUUUAAUUCAUCAAUUAUUGAACGCAUUUCACCAGAGGCAAAGAAGGAACCUAUUAACCCAUACAAGCUCACACGUGACGCAUAUUCUGUGGUCGCAUGGCAUUGCCGACAGAACGGUACUGUUUGGAGCUGGACAAGCUGGUCCUCCAUUUCUAGAACAAGCCGGCAUGAGGUGUGAAUUUAAGGCUUACCCAGAACUGGGCCAUUCCAUCAGCAAUGAAGAACUACGAUCGCUGGAGUCAUGGAUCAGGACACGUCUCCAGAGUUCUUCAUAAAGAUAGUUUCCAACCUCAGUUUCUUGGUAUGUCCAACAUAUUGUCAUGUGCUGUUAGUGUUGUGACUCGUGAUUGUGAUAGAUGAAACCCAAACAUGAUAUUUCAUGUUGCCAAGGCAUCUUAUCUUGGAUCCACGAGGACUUGGACCCUGGUCCAUGUCAAUGGCAUGGGCCAACCAUUACUUGUUUCAUUGAACUUAUCAUUCAAUAGCAAUGGACUACAUACACAACUUUAAGAAAUGGAAUGGCUUCCAUCA